CUAUUUCGCUCUUUCUCACUAAAAUUCCUAUAGGAAGAAAGAAAGCGUCAUUUUCAAUGAAAACAUGUAACUGUUUCCGGUUAAAUGUCAGUUUGUGAAUGAUGUUGUGUGUGUCAAAGUUUUGUUGUUAUUACUUCUAAUUUCGAUAAUAAUUGUGUAUUACAUAAAUUAACACUUUUAUCAAUGGGAUUGUGAUCCCAUUUUGUGUGAGCACCGACGGCAACGAGUUACGUGAAGUGUGAAUUCUCUGCAAGGUGAUUAAUAAAUAAAAGGUGCUAGGUAGACCUGUCAUGAUGCCGACUCAAUUGGUGAAUCAGGAUAACCACCAGAAUGAUGUCCGUGUGAAGACGGUGUACAACGGUGAUGUGAUGAUUACAUACAUCAACCACAAUAUCAACUUUGAAGAGUUCACGCAGGAGAUGGUGGCUAUAUGCCGUUUUAUGCCUGAUCAGGUGUUCACGAUGAAGUGGGUCGACGAGGAAGGCGACCCGUGCACCAUAUCGACGCAGCUGGAGCUGGACGAGGCGCUGCGGCUCUACGAGAUCAACAGAGACUCCGAGCUCACUGUUCACGUUUUCCCGAAUGUACCGGCCGCGCCGGGUAUGCCAUGCGCGGGUGAAGACAGAAGCAUAUACAGAAGAGGCGCUCGACGGUGGCGAAAGCUAUACCGCGUCAAUGGACACAUCUUCCAGGCGAAGAGAUUUAAUAGACGAGCCUUCUGUGCCUUCUGUCAGGACCGUAUCUGGGGCCUGGGCCGGCAAGGGUUCAAGUGCAUCCAGUGCAAGUUGCUGGUGCACAAGAAGUGCCACAAGCUCGUGCAGAAACCCUGCUCUAACGAACAUGUUGACCCCAUCGAGGUCAAGGACGAUGCCAAUGGGGAAAGCACACUGGGCCGAGCCUCCUCUGUUAGGUCUCGCGCGGAAGUCGAGCCCCCGCUGCCGGAGACGCCGCCCGCCCCGGCGCCCGCGCCCCCUCGCGCCGACGAGCUGGAGCCUGGCUCGCAGCGCCAAUACUCUCUCGACGAUUUCGAGCUCAUCAGGGUCAUUGGACGAGGGUCUUAUGCUAAGGUGCUCAUGGUGGAAUUGAAGCGCACAAAACGCGUGUACGCAAUGAAGGUGAUCAAGAAGGCGCUGGUCACAGACGACGAGGACAUCGACUGGGUGCAGACUGAGAAGCAUGUCUUCGAGACUGCCUCCAACCACCCCUUCCUCGUGGGCUUGCACUCCUGCUUCCAAACCCCCAGCCGACUGUUCUUUGUCAUUGAAUUCGUCAGGGGCGGAGAUCUAAUGUUCCACAUGCAGCGCCAGCGCCGCCUGCCGGAGGAGCACGCGCGGUUCUACGCGGCCGAGAUAUCGCUGGCGCUGCACUUCCUGCACGAGCGCGGCGUCAUCUACCGCGACCUCAAGCUCGACAACGUACUACUCGACCACGAGGGACACAUUAAACUCACCGACUACGGCAUGUGCAAGGAAGGCGUACGUCCGGGCGACACGACGUCUACAUUCUGCGGCACGCCGAACUACAUCGCGCCGGAGAUCCUGCGCGGCGAGGAGUACGGCUUCUCCGUCGACUGGUGGGCGCUCGGGGUACUCACGUACGAGAUGCUCGCAGGACGAUCGCCCUUCGACAUCGCGCAGGCCGCUGACAACCCUGAUCAAAACACUGAGGAUUAUCUGUUCCAGGUAAUCCUAGAGAAGACGAUCCGUAUCCCUCGUUCACUGUCAGUGAAGGCGGCCUCGGUGCUGAAGGGCUUCCUCAACAAAAACCCCGUGGAGCGACUCGGCUGUGGAGAGAACGGGUUCCUGGACAUCGUCUCACAUCCCUUCUUCAAGAGCAUCGAGUGGGAGAUGUUGGAGCAGAAGCAGGUGGUGCCCCCGUUCAAGCCGCGCCUGGAGGGCGAGCGCGACCUGGCCAACUUCCCGCCAGAGUUCACCGACGAGCCCGUGCAUCUCACACCCGAUAAUGAUACGGUGAUCGCGGACAUCGACCAAUCGGAGUUCGAGGGCUUCGAGUACGUGAACCCACUCCUCAUGUCCCUCGAGGACUGCGUGUGACACCACGCCUGUCUGCUGCACCCAUACCACGAUCCCGCGCAGACAUAUGGGUACGGUGCAGAGUCGUCGUCGUCGGACUACGACAGUGUAUGCAGCGAGCUGCCCCCGCGCAAGCCGACGCUACUGCAGCACAUGUUCUGCUUGCCCCUCAACUGACACAGGACUCCCCGCCACGACAAACAGGACAAACACGACAAGCGAUACUGAUCACCACGCGUAACCGAGAUGAAGCCAUUGAUUAUUAUAGCUUAAACUUAAUUAUUCUAUUAUUGUUUGAAUAGAGGCCUUUUGAGACACAUCCACAAAUCUAUUCCAGUACUUUACAUUGGAAAUGUUACUAUUUCUGCGCUUUCAAAGUUGGACAGAAAAAGUAAUAUGUCUGAACUAAAGUUAGGUAUUAUGUCAUAAUAUGAUUUAUUGAUUUUAACAGUUAAAUUAUUAAAAAAAUCUGCUUUCUGGAGAAUUUGGCUCUUUAUUAAAAAUGUCUCGUGGCGGUUUAUAAAUUGAUAAUGUCGUGAAAAUAUCGCGGUAAACUGCUAUCCUAAAAGGGGUACAGACAGAAUUGUCAGUCUUGCAGAUAAAUAUUAGUAUAAUAAUAUAAUUACUUAUUUAAAUUAUAAAAACUUUUUGACGAUUACAUUAAAUUUAAAUAAUCGUUAUAAUGAUGAGUAAUAAAUUUGUAAAUAUGUAUGUAUGAUAUACAAGAUGAUUUCAAAACUUCGAACACGGCAUCAGCUCGUUAGAAGUCGUAGAGAAACAUUCAAAAUUAUAUAUAAUAAUACUCUUCUCAAGGCUAUACUAAAUUAGAAUAAAUUUAGAAAUAAAUUGUAUUGAUAUUUGGAUAUUUUAUAACGCACACAACGUGCCAAUGUAAGCACAAUGUUAGGUAUCAAUGGCUUCUCUCUUCGCUUUAAUAAAUUGAUCAUAUUUUGCUUAAAGCACACUUUCUUCUAAACAUUAGCGUCAUUAGCUAAUUCAUAACUAAAUAAAAUACAACAGAAAUAUUAUAAUUGUUAUCGUUAUUCGAGAAAAUCUUGUAAUUUGUAUUAACAAUAAUUUUAAUGUUUUCGAAACCGUUCUAAAGUAAUGGUGAUUUGUUAAAAUUUCACGAAACACGAUUUUAAGUAUUUGAAAAGUAUUAUUUUUAUGUAGUCUAUGUAAAAUUAUGAGAUGUUAUGUAAAAUCGUUUGAAACUUAAAUAUUUAUUGUAUAUUAUAUAGAAAUGUACUUAUUUUAUUGUUAUAUUGUAUAUUUAACGGUUUUAAGUAUUGUUAACAUUCCCUGUACUCCAGAACAAAUGUAUAAACUCAGAUCUGAAUUUAUUUAUUACUUAAAGGAAUUGAUAUUGUGUUACCAUCAUCAAAAACGAAUUUUGUCUACAGUUAAACUUGGAGAUUUUAUAAAAUUGUGGGCUAAGCGUGCAUGUCUAAGUAGCCAAUGUUGGUGCUCAUAAUGUACGUACACGUGUACGAACAUUACGCUUCAAUAUAGCUAGGGAGCUGAACACUAUUUCCUAUAAUUAAAAAAUUAGAUCACUUAUUACUACGUCGUACUAGGACGGGUUACGCUUCUGUAAAUAAAUUAAACAAAUUUAUUCAUCUAUAUAUGAUUAUACUUAACUUACUAUACGAAAAAAUAUUAUAAGACUUAAUAUUUUUGAAAGUUCUAUCUUCACCUUUCUAUGAGAAAGGCAACGCGAUUGUGACAUUCGUGCCGCCAUUGUGCCUCUUCCAAACACCGAGCUACGGGCGGCCUUGUCCGCGAUCGUGUUUCUAAAUCAUUGUUUUUUGAGCAAUAAACUAUAAUAUAUAGUAGUCUAAUAUAAAUUAUAUGUAAUAUUGUAAUUACGCGAGUCUGGUGAAUCGCUCAGUGAAAGGCACGUAAGGAAUUAAAAGUAGUUGAAAAAUUGAUGACCGAUUGGUCUCAGGUACUUGUUUAUAGCCCUUAUCGAACGUUAGUGUAUUCCCUAGUUACCUAGACUUAAGCUAGAUUUGUAGCUGUAAUACCUAUUGAGCGGGAUUGUGCGCGGCAUCUCGAAUCUUUACAUAUACUGUACAUUUGUUUGAAAAUAAUUUUAAUUUUGAAUGCGAUUUGUAUAGCUGUGUUCUAUUGUUUAGUUUGUUUUCGUAAUGGUUUUGUUAUCAGCGUGUACAUAGGCAGGGACGUUGCCGCGCGCUUUCCCGCCCCUUUUGUAAUACUCUGAGAGGCGUAGACAGUGAUCAAACUUAUUCUUAUGUAUUAGUGAUCUUCUACUAUAAUACUUAUAUAUCCCGGUCACUGCCCUCGCCUCUCUCUGUAUCGUAUAUUCCAUUCCCUAAUGUAGUCUGUUGUCCUUCAUAGCUAAUCACCACUCGAUUAGGUAGCCAACGAAUUUUAUAAUAAAAUAAAAUAUAUAUAUAAUAUUGAGCACUGAAACAAAUUUAAAAUCGUGUACAUUAUAAACAAAUUAACAUGAAAUAAAUAUUCGUAAAUUACAUCGGUUAUAUUAUAACAAAUUAUUGUUAAUGUAGAAGAAAAGACUUAUUAAAUAAAAUGAUUGUAAUCGUAACGGAUCGCGUGGCGGUGCGCGUCGUAGCCCGCAGAGAGCUCAAGUGUCCACAAACUAUUCUAAAUAGUGCGUAGUACCUAUCUAUUAGACAUUUUGCACCGAUAUUAUAUUAUAGUCCAACACGUGUCGGCGCGCACUGUGUCUGUCGGGUCGGUCGGGUCUUGUCGGGUGUGUCGGAUCUGUCGGGUGUCGGAACAAACCAGUGCUAUUGUGUUGUGGCCGACGACACGACCUCGCGUCUGCCUAUACCUAGGUUUCUUUGUAUAAUUUAUAUUGUUAAGUAUUUAAUUAUUCGUAAGCGACAGUAUUGUGGUACUAUUAACGCUUUAGGUGUAAUUAGUUAACAUUCCAUGUAUCGGCACGCGUGCCACUCGAGUAGAUCGCAUCCUUACAAUAUGUUCUCAUAUUUUCUCUUACAAUUAUUGUCAGAUUGCACGUUAAGUUUGAAUGUUUUAUUACCAAAAAAUAUUGUAACAUGUAUUGUAAUAAAAAUUACUAACCGCAUGACAAGUGACAUUUUAACAAUUAUAUUAGUUUUAAGAGGAAUUGUUAAACAGUUACAUUUCACUAGAACAAACCUAUGUAUCUUAGUUGUAAGUAUUUUUAGUUAGUCGCAUGUAUAUUCCCCGUUUACGGUAAGGAAUGGAUCAUAAAUUUUUACUAAGAUUAUGUAAAAGUUAUUUAGUUUCGGCCGUGCAUCAAAUUGCCACCGACGGUAAUAUGUGCGGUACUUAAUGUUUAUUUGAAUUUCGCGGUGCGUGAGUGAGACACACUGUCAAAUUAGACUGGAGAAAUUGGGAUACUGUAACUAUUCUAUGCUUAACUGAAAAUAAAGAAGAUUAAUCUGAU